CCGGCAUGGCGACGGGGAAGCUUUGCUCAGCCCCUCAUCUGCUUAUUAGCCCCCGGUAUUAGCUCGUUAGCAUUACGCUACUUGGUUUUAUCACAGCGUUAAACAUGUUUACGGUAAAAUGCACUGUUGUUUGUGGAUGUGUCGGAGCUGAACCCUCUCUGUCCCGGAAUAUUCACGUGGAAAAUGGGAUACGCUGAGUGGAACUGUACCAUGGAGUCGAGAACAGGGAGUGUGUCAUCUGGACUGGGGAGCAGCCCUGGUGUGAAAGGGCAGAGUGUGAAAAGUAGCCCUUUUUGCCAGCGCUCUUCCAGCAAGUUGACACAGUCCAUCAUUAGAGACCACAUGGUGUCUCAUUACAAAAAGGUUUACUCAGCUAAAGCUGCCAUUGAUGCCUCAGUACCCAAAAGCAUGACACAUAGUGUAAAGUACAAUGACCAGAUCAGGCAGGAUCGCUUGAAGCAAGGGGGUCGUCCUCAGUCAGGUCGACCUCAGUCAGCCCAUUCUCUCUCACAGAGGAAUAGCAGAGCCUCCUGCUCCUCAGCACAGAGUACAUUAUCCGUGCAGUAUGAUGACAACCCAUACCUCUGCUCGAGGAGUUCCAUGGUCUCCAGUCCGAGGUUCAACACCUCCUUUCACGCUAAAGAGAUUGUUUAUCAGUCAUGUAAAUGGGACCUUUCUCGUCACGCUCGCCCAGCAUCAGAGUUUAAGUUCCGCAGCCCAGAGUCAACUUUGCACAGAAAGCAGUCGGCAUGUUCACUGGCCGCCUCAGGAGGUCAGAGUUGUUACAAGACUUUCCAGGACCCUGUCCAGAAGACAUACGGUGGAGAUUUGCUCCAGAAACACUCACAGCACUUUACCCAGGACAAACCUUUCACCCCCAAGACCCUGAAGUCAGAGAAGAGUUCAUACCUGGAAAAAUAUCGCUACUACAGAGCACCACGAAGGAAGCUCACUCAGGACUGCACCAGCUCCAAACCGAUGCAGCAGGAGACGAAUCACAGAAGCACAAAAACCAAGGAAUACACACAGGACUUUGAUGAGCCAUCUCAGGGAUUUACUACAGAGCAUGAAUGGUCUGAGGAUGAGUUGAAUGGCACAUAUCUAUCAGAAUCAAGACAACAGAGUCAACUCAACAAGAGCAGAGAGCGUUAUUUAUUUGACUCCUCAUCCAGGUUCUCACGGGAGGGUGUGAAAUCUCCAAUGAUGAAGAAAGUUUCUGCAGAGGAAGAAGAACUAAUGUACCUCGAGUUUAUUUCUGCUGUAACCGAGGACAUCUUGUCCAGGGGGCAUAUCUCUGACAGGGUCCUAGAUAGGGUGAUAAAGCACCAUAUUGAAAUGAAUCGCCAUCAGCUUGAUGAGGGUAAAAUGCGCCACCUUCUGGUAGUGCUGCGUAAAGACUUUGAAGAGCCAGCCAACACAUCCACCUCCACUGCACAGCUUGAAAAGAAGGAGAAUGAUCUGCUCGACUCACUCCUGCCAUAUCUGGACUCAGAGGAGAAACAAGUGAAGACCAAAGACAGCGAUGUGUUCCCCUAUGCGUCAGUGAUCAUAAACGGUGAUUCACCCCAUUACACUGAUGCCUUAUCAGUGUCUGCAGUGUUAGGUUCUCCUGAGGGGACAUCUUCACCGACAAAUACAAAUGAAAAGGACAAGGAGGAUGAUGAUAAAGAAAAGUGCACUGGCUCCUCUUGGCUCAGUGAGAAUGUUUCAGGAGUCAGUGAAGAGGACGUCCAACACAACGAACCAGACACAACUGCAACAAAUGAAGAAAUCAGUAAUGAAAACCAUGAGAUAACCACUAUAACCAGCGAUGAAGGAUUUCUUCCAGACCAAGCUGAGGUCAGUCACGAUGAUGGACAAUCGAAAGAGCUCGAAGAUCUGGGAAGACGUUUGUCAGAGUCGCUUCACGUGUCCAGCAACACAGACUGUCAUGACACUGACACCGCCAAUGAGCAACUCGAAAAUACAGUUGCUUCCGUCAGCGAUGAUGAGUUCUGAGUUUGCAUUCAGGGAUUGAAAGUUCUUUGAUGUUUUUAUUACCAGAUGAGAUAAACGUAAUAUUUGUAUUUUCUGAAAGAAUAGUUUUGUACAUGUGAUUUUACACUGGUUGAGUUUUCAAAGCCCAGGUGUUGUAUUUGGUUUUCUGUUUUUUUUCUAAUCUUUUUUUUUUAAACACACUGAACUGUUCACAUAAGCAAACUAAAACUCUGCAAUAAAAUCAACACCAUUAUAAUAUAAUUUGGGAUAAAGGUCCAGUUCAUUUCCUAAGUAAUGCUAUAAACAUUUUCUAAAUUAUUGCUCCAUAAAACUAGCAUGAUGUGUGCUUUGCAAAUUUGCAGAGGAUAUCAGAAUCAGAAUACUUUAUUGAUCCAAGGGGGAAAUUGUUUUUGUUACAAUUCUGUUUGUUACAUAGCCUGUAGCACUACACUGAUGUCAUAUGUGUGGAAUUAACUGAAUGAAUUAGUAGCAUCCUUUACUUUGAGUGGUUUGCAGUGUUAAAGGUCCAGUGUGUAAGAUUUAGGUGAAAGGGAUAUAUUGGCUGAAAUCGAAUGUAAAAUAAUCCUGGUGAUGUUUUCACUGGUGUGUUUCAUCUAAAUUGUACAAUUUAUUGUUGUGUUUACCCUAAUAUGGGCCCUUUAUAUUUAAGAAUGUAUUAUAUACAUCGGGGGAGCAGAGCCUCACCUCACCUCUAGAUGUAACUAAAUUCUACACACUGGACCUUUAGGUCUUAAGCAUGUUGCAGCUUCAUUUUCAGAUUUCAAUUUUUUUUUAGAAAAGCUAUUUUUAUUAGGAAUAAACUUCUCAUUUUUCUCCAGCGUGGUUUCACUUGACACAUGCCUCUGACGUGUAGCAGACUGUCACCAGAAAGUGUCUUUGC